AAAAAGAUGUGGACACUAUGUCCAUCUACCACCCAAUUAGGGCAGAAAAAGACACCAUAACAUUUUAAGCACCUAGGUUGUUUGCUAUGAAAAAUUAUUGCUAGAUAUUUUGGACUGAAAAGCAUUUCUCUCGGUUGUCUGUGUGGAAAAAUAUUCUGUACAGGCUCGGGGAGGCCUGAAGAGAUAAAGGGCUUAAACAAAUUUAAAUCACAUGCCUAAAAGCCUGAAAAACAAUAUUCUAAUAAAGCCCAAUAAACGUAGCAAGACUAUCAAACAAGCAAAACCUGACUACAAAAUGUUCGUGUCUGAACACAUUUCCCCAGUGCUAAAGACUACAUGUCAGCCUAUGGGGUGUUCAGGGCCACAGAUUGACUGCUCUUAAUUUUGGCAAGGAUUGGCAACACCUUGUGAAAUCAGGUGUUUUAUUAGGCAUAAUUAGGACCAAUCCUCCCAGCCUUUCAAACUGGAGAGUUCAGCAUUUGCGACGCACUGCUGAGUUAAUCUGCCUGUACAGUGCUUUUUCUUUGUUCCAAUGGCGUGUAGAGAGAGCAGAGACACUAAGGUUUUAUUAGUUGUUGGACUUUUGUUGUUUACAAGUUCAUUUUGCCUUUGUAGAAGACUGACAAAGCUUAAAGAACUGGUUGAAUUAAGAGGAAACUCGAUGCUUAGCCAAGGUCAUCAUAAGGAGAGUGAACUGCACCAUGGAAGACUCUUAAUUGGGCAGAAGUCUCUGCAAGGUGCUAAACUCAAAGGAACCAAGACCACAAAAAACUUACUGGAUGCUGACACAGAUUACCAAGCAGAUAUGGGUUGGGGGCAGCCCAAGCCAGCUAAAGAACAGGAUGAGGGCUUUUCAAGGCUAAAGUCAGAUGAUGCGGCAGUGGAGCAACUCCUUAAAAUGGAACCAAAGGUUGAAUGUACUGGAAACUCCAUGAAGCUUCAAGUCCAAAAUGCUGCUUCUACCCCUGGAUCUCUGUUGUUUGUCGACAGGGGAAGUCGUCUGUCUCCUCUUCCUCUUUCCAAGUUGCCAACAAGCUGUGGUUACACCAUCAGGUCGACACGGAGAGAUUUGGUCUUAGUUGCCCCUUAUGAUGGGUGCUUUGUUGAUCUUCAGGAGGACAACUACAUUCUGCCAUUGCGUUGGUUGGGGUUACCAGUAAAGAUGUCAUGCCCUAUGUUGAGGCAGUCUUCACCCAACCCUCCAAUGGUCACCUGCCACGCGGAGGGCAUGGUCUUGAAAGUGGAAUGGACUAUCUCUGUCUCUAAAAUUAAAGUAAAUUUGAAUGGUACCUGGGAGCCACUGAUGAAAGCCUCACCCAGAUGUGGGUUCAGUGUAGUUGUACAUCCCGAAGGUGUGGUUGUUUCUGUUCGCUAUACACCCUGCCUGGAGAAAAAGGAUGGGAUGUAUACCCUGGAGCUGGCUGGAGAUGGAGAAACUAAAGUUUCCUGUCCCUUCCUGUCAGGAGCUCAACCUCAACCCACAAAAAGCCCAGUAAAGGGUCCAACACAAACACCAAGCCCUACUAUACAGCAACAACCAUUUUACCCUUAUCCAUUCUAUGUUAAGCCACCUUACCCUGACAGUCUCCCUCCUGCACCCAGGCCUGAAGUGAAGCCUUUACCUUCUACAGCUCCUCCAGUUGUGAAAACUACUGGUACUCCGUACCAAGGAAAGCAACCUUUCAACCCUUUUCCAAUUUAUCCUCAACCACCUAAGCCUGAAACAUUACCUGAACACCCUGUGCCACCAAAGCUCCCAGUUUCUGAGGAGCCACUUGGACAAAUAUACCAGCCACCACAGCCAGAAGUCCCUCAAGGCCAAGUAUACCAGCCUUUCUACCCUCAGCCAGAAAGUCAACCAGCAACAAAGCCCCCAGAACCUGAAGCCCCCCAGGGUCAAGUAUAUCAGCCCUUCUACCCAAACCCUUUCUACCCUCAGCCUGUGCCUGAACCUCAACCAGCAACAAAGCCUCCACAACCACAGCAACCUGAAACUCCUCAAGGCCAAGCAUAUCAGCCUUUCGACCCUCAGCCAGAAAGUCAACCAGCAACAAAGCCCACGGCUGUCCCAAAGCCCCCAGAACCCGAAGUCCCCCAGGGUCAAGUAUAUCAGCCCUUCUACCCAAACCCUUUCUACCCUCAGCCUGUGCCUGAACCUCAACCAGCAACAAAGCCUCCACAACCACAGCAACCUGAAGCCCCUAAAGGCCAAGUAUAUCAGCCUUUCUACCCCAACCCUUUCUACCCUCAGCCUGUGCCUGAACCUCAACCAGCAACAAAGCCUCCACAACCACAGCAACCUGAAACUCCUCAAGGCCAAGCAUAUCAGCCUUUUGACCCUCAGCCAGAAAGUCAACCAGCAACAAAGCCCACGGCUGUCCCAAAGCCCCCAGAACCCGAAGUCCCCCAGGGUCAAGUAUAUCAGCCCUUCUACCCAAACCCUUUCUACCCUCAGCCUGUGCCUGAACCUCAACCAGCAACAAAGCCUCCACAACCACAGCAACCUGAAGCCCCUAAAGGCCAAGUAUAUCAGCCUUUCUACCCCAACCCUUUCUACCCUCAGCCUGUGCCUGAACCUCAACCAGCAACAAAGCCUCCACAACCACAGCAACCUGAAGCCCCUCAAGGCCAAGUAUAUCAGCCUUUCUUCCCCAUCCCCUAUUACUCCCAGCCAGAGCCUGAAAAACCCCCAGCUGAGAAACUACCUGCUGUUCCAAAGCCCCCAGCCAGUAAAAUACCUAUUGGACAGGUACAAAAACCUUCUAACCCUGAACCAUUCAAGAUACCAGGUGUUGGAACAAAUGGUCAGACAGCUCCCACUGAAAAGCCAGCCCAAAGUGAACAGCCUCCAGCUGUCCAACCACCAGGGGGCCAGGUGCCUCACCCUUUUAACCCAUACUACUACCCACAGCAUCCCCAGCACCCCCAGCUUGUCACCCCCCCGCCCGCUACCUCCAUGCAGCAACCACAGCAGGUUACCACUCCAGCCCCUGGUCAUAACACCAUGGAAUCUGCCAAGCCACAACCUAGUAAAGGUGAUAUGGUCCCAAAAAACCCUCUGCUAGGCUCUGCACAUAUGCCACCUGUGUACUGCCCUCAGUCUUGUCCAUCUGGAUUUUCUAAUUGCUGUCCACAAAUUGCGUUUCAUCAGCAUCUCCAUCAUAUUGUUCCUGCUGGACCUGGCAGUAAAGAUACCCCUAUCUACCCAGGACUGCCAUUCCUCCCUUCAAUGGCAUAUUCUGGGUUUGGUAAUGGCUUUGGUUCUGCUCCCUUUCCUCAAAAGUCAACUGAAGCAGUGACUACUCAAGCACCCACAACUUCUACCUCUGCAGCUAUUUUGCCUCAGUUCCUUCCAUCUGGAAAUGAAAAGCAGCCAUAUCUUCAGCCACUAGAUGGCAACCCUGCUGCACUACCUGGAAGUAAUCCCAGCAAGCCCACAAAUCCUAAACAAAAAAUAUACCCUUAUUUUAUACCCAAUUCAUUAUAUCCUAAUUGGCCAUAUCAACUACAAAGUCAAGAGCUGCAAAAUGUACCUUACAUGGCGUCCCCACCUCACUACGGUGUGCCCGCUAAACCUCGAGCUCAGGAUAACGAACCAGUAAAUCCAAUGGUGCAAUUUGAGCCGUAUAACAUACAGCCCCUACAGCAGCAGAACAGCAAACCAUCUGCUGAGGCCAGGUCUUUCCUUAAGCGGUUUCUACCCUUGCUGCCUACAGAAAAGGGGCAAAAUACACCUACAGCCAAGGAACUACAGCCCUCUAACCAAAAAGCCAUUGAAUAUAAAGGGCAAACCCAUCCUGAAGUCCAAAGUGAUCUUGAUCAUCAUCUGGUCCCUUACUACAUGCUUCAACAUGCUGCGGCAACUACUUAUAACAAGUCAACAGUCCUUAACAACACACAAACACAGCCAUUUGUGAGUGACUCAAAGAAAUCAACCAGCAAUGAACAGGGUUAUGUGCUGCUACAGCAUGGCCCACCAGGUAGGGAGCCCAACAGUUUCAAUCAGUCUCCAUUGCCUGUCAGAGACCUGGUUCAAGACACAAACUUCCUGGCACAAAACUUUGCAAGGCAUCACAGUAGUAAACCCCCCAGUCCUCAGAAUUUCAGGCCCCCACAGGAAAAAACCCAACACCCCAAAUGGCUUUCGAAAGGAAUGGCCGAUCCCUCACCUAGUAAUGUCAACUAUAUGUCGAGGCUUUGUGAUGAAUCAGAAAGUUUGCAAUUGUUUUUCUCUGCUUCAGAAGACUCUAAUUUUGUGCCCCUGGACCCUACUUUCAGCGGAGCACAUUUAAUACCUAAAUUCUCCAAUUCAUUCAAAAACCUCCUGAAGCCUAUGACUCCUUUAGGCUCCAGCCAAACAAUUCCACCUCAUGUUCCUGGAAAAGCAUUUCAAGGAUGGCGCUCUGCAGCUGACCACCAAGGAAAUGGUCUGAACCAACCGAUUCAGAAAGAAGGUGGAAAUCGGAAGUGAAAAUGAGUAGUCUUCAAUUUGAAUAAACAAUUAAAACUAA